AUGGCUCUCGCUCGGGCCGCCGAGCGCGUCGCCGCUGAGUUCGAAUAUCCUGAUGUCGAGGUCAAUCGGAGCGUGCAAGAAUUCAUCCGAGAAAUGGACGAAGGUCUGACAAAGACCGGCGCCACCAUGAGUCAAAUUCCAACAUACGUUACGGCGGUACCGAACGGCACAGAGAAAGGUCUGUUUCUUGCUGUCGAUCUCGGCGGUACGAAUUUCCGAGUGUGUUCGGUCCAGCUGCACGGCAACAGCUCUUUCAGCUUGACCCAGAACAAGGUCGCAAUUCCGAGAGCAUUGAUGCAAGCCAAGACGAGUCGAGAACUGUUUGCAUUUCUCGCACAUCAAAUCGAAGCAUUUCUCAUACAGCAUCACGGCGAGCACUACCAAUCUCACAAAGAGCGGAGGGCAUCUGUGUAUAAGGGCGUCCACGACGAAGAAAUCUUCAGCCUUGGCUUCACGUUCAGCUUCCCAGUGCAUCAGGUGAGCAUCAACGAGGGUACUCUCAUUCGAUGGACGAAAGGCUUCGACAUCCCCGAUGCAAUCGGAAAGGACGUCUGCGCGUUGCUACAGGCAGAAAUUGAUGCUCUGGGAUUGCCGGUCCGAGUGGCAGCACUGGUGAACGACACAGUAGGGACACUCAUGGCACGCUCAUACACCUCUCCUGGCAAGACUGGAACGCUGCUCGGUGCCAUUUUCGGAACAGGAACGAACGGCGCCUAUGUGGAGAAACUCGAACGUAUCACAAAGCUCAAGCAGCCAGGCACUAAGGCCGGAACUUCGCCGAGCGAAGACAUGAUCGUGAACACCGAAUGGGGCAGCUUUGACAAUCAUCUUUCAGUACUACCAAAUACUCCCUACGACCAAGCACUUGAUGCGGAAAGCGUCAAUCCUGGCAUUCAAAUGUUCGAGAAGCGUGUCAGCGGCAUGUUCCUGGGCGAGAUCCUCCGACGUGCUCUUAUUGCGCUCCUUGAGGACCCGAAGGUCCCGCUCUUCCACGACAAAGACAGCAAUGAUAAUGACAUUCACAGCACCACUCAUGUCGCACCUGACUCGCCGCUACACUCGCAAUGGGGUCUAGAUACGUCCUUUCUUUCUAUCACUGCGGCUGAUGCUAGUGUGGGAUUGAAAGCUACCCGUCAGGCCUUGGAUAGAGACUACGGCGUCUCAGCAGUGAGCGCCGAAGACGCCGAAGCCGUUCGACUGAUCGCAUCAGCCAUUGGCAAACGUGCCGCUCGUCUAGCCGCCGUAGCUGUCGCGGCCAUUGUUCUCUCCACGGGCAAGCUCUCGCCAAAUACGCCAAGUCCCACAACAAUCACAUCGAUUGCUCCCUCAGUUGCCGACAACUCCACCUCCUCGGAUAGUAACGAGAGCGAAGACAAUUCGAUCAUCGACGUCGGCGUCGAUGGCUCGCUAGUGGAAUUCUAUCCCAAUUUCGAGGAUCAUCUCCGAGCCGCACUUCGGGCCGUGCCUGAAAUCGGCGUCAGCGGGGAGAAACGCAUUCGUAUCGGCAUCGCAAAAGACGGAAGCGGUGUCGGAGCGGCGCUGAUCGCGCUCGUCGCCGAUCAAGGACUUGCGUCGAAAGCCCACCUCGGAACUCAGGCUCAUACGGCUUCAUCGCCUCAGCAAUUGCUGCCAUGUAUCCGGAAUCCUGCCAGGUGUCAGCGAAUCGAUUCGACCUAG